AUGCAGUUCACCAACAUCAUCCUUGCUCUCAUGGCCACCACCGUCGCCGUGGCCGCUCCUGCCGCCGGCGAGAAUACCCUCGCGCGUCGGGUCGACUGCCCCAAUGGCUGGUCUGUGUGCGGUGAGUGCAAUGGCACCUCCUGCAAGGUGGCAGGCACGGACCGGGUUUGUGAGGAGGGAAGUUGCACCUCGCAAAGCGGUGCCGGAGACGGAACCAUUUGCGGCAAUCCUGAUCCUUUUGCCGUCAAGAUGAUCUGCCCUGGCAAGUCUGGUUAG